AUGUUGCUUGCCUCGGGCGACGCGUUGCGGCAAGAGGGCGGCAUCGGCUGCGCCCCAGACAGCGAAGAGCGGCGGGGCAGGGGUCUUCGCUGGUUCAGCUUCCCGGGCGUGCGAGGGGCGAGGGGGAAAGGCGCCGACGAUGCGGCUGUCGUUUCCGUUGCAGCCGCCUUCUUCUCCGCCGUCUCCUGUCUGACCAAACAGGGACUGACGGAAAGGCGCUCGGCAGUUGAAACGGAGGAGAAACGCGCUGCAGGAGAGGCGAAAACGGACACCCGUGCAGGAUGGGGAGACUGCGCGAUAGAAGGGAGAGGCGCGUCGAGCAUCGCGGCAGAGAAGGCAAGCGGCGAGACCCGAGCGGCCAGCCUGGGGGAGGGCCUAAGGGCGGGGGGGGAAGGAAAGGGAGAGGGAGAAGCGAACGCGAGGAAGGACGCGCGAGAAGACGCUCCAGCGAGGGGUACGCGAUCGGGAUUAGGAGAAGGCGAUUCGGCGGAGCGCGCAGAUUUUUUGCGAGAGGAAGCCUCGCGAGCGGGCGGUGAACAGUUGGGAACCGCGCGAGACGCGGAGAGGGAGGGAGAGAAGGAAGGCCAAGAAGAGGAGCAGACGACUGUACAAGUCCGUAGAGAGGCCGAUUUUUCCUCCGCUUCUUUUCCCUCGUGCAAAGACACGGUCGUAGUCGACGACGUCGUGGCGCGUUUGCACGAUCCGGCAAUGAAGACGCUGCUGGACGAGAGCAACGCUCUGUCGCUGCGCGUUUUUGAGCAAAAGUGUCUCGAAGUAACCUCGAAGAAGAAGUGGCGCCUCCGCAUUUUGACCGAGGCCCCGUCAACUCCGGCUCGUCGAUGCCUCGGGUUCAUCGUGUAUCGCAUCGACUUGACGCUGCAGGCGCUGCAGGUGGGGAAGAUCGCCGUUCUCGAAGACUGCCGAGGACGCGGUUACGGGAAGAAACUCGUGAAGGGAAUCAUCCAGGUUGCGAAAAGCAACAGGGGGUUGACCUCGAUCAACCUGUCUGCCUUGAAGCCCGGUGAAGAAGAAAUAAAGGUAUCUGGUGAAAACGGCACUGCGCCGUGUCGAUAG